CGUGAUGUUCACAUUCAAUCAAACGUACGCUGUUGUCGUUCGAGAUGUUGUUCGCAGCUUUAUUUCUUCUUAUUGUUAGCAUAAUUACCAUCUCCCAAUCUGCCGUAUUGCAGUACGACUCACAGAUCAUAAAUGGGGAAGAUGUAGCGCCGGGUGAAAUACCGUAUCAGGUCUCCCUGCAGAACAGAAAAACUUCCUCCCAUUUUUGUGGCGGUUCUAUCCUAAAUGAAUAUUAUGUGAUUACUGCCGCUCACUGCGUCAAAAACCGAAUACCUGCGGACAUCACAAUCGUCGUCGGCACCGUAAAUUUGAACCGCUCAGGCGUAUCGCGUAUAAUUAGACAGAUAAUUUCCCAUGAAAAAUAUGAUCCUGAUAAUUCAUGGCUUAACGACAUUGCAUUGAUCCAGGUGUUCACUCCGUUUAAACCAUCAAGUUACAUUGGAUUCGUAACUUUACCCAAACAAGACGAAAUUGUUCAGCAAGGUACUGCGGCAAGAGUUUCCGGAUUCGGAAGAUUAUCGGAAGACGGACCCGGAUCCAAAAUCUUACAACGGGCUACUAUUUACAUAGUCGAUCAAGAAUACUGCAAGAAUAUGUACAACAAGAUUCUAUAUAAUAUCUACGAUAGUCAAAUUUGUGCCAACAAUCCUAAUAUCUCCAAAGGAUCUUGCAAAGGUGAUUCGGGUGGCCCUUUGAUUGCUAAUGAAAAACUUGUCGGGCUUGUAUCAUGGGCAAAAGGCUGCUCCCUUACUGACUAUCCGACUGUGUACACCCGCAUACCUUCGUACAUCGAUUGGAUUGAGAAAAAUGCCGUAUAAAUAUAGUAUUUAUACAGAUUAACGAUUGCAGGAAAAUCAAUAACACUUUAGAUUAUAUUUAUUGUUUCAUUUUAUUAUAUCGCGCUAUUAUUGUAUCGUCAAUAAUAGUUAUUUUGUUCUAUGGAUAAAAGUGUUAUUCUUGACGUUUGUCAAUCUUGCUAUGUCUUGCUUGGCUAAUUGCUAAUAUAAUAAAAUUUAUCAUAAAUGCAGAAAAUGAUUGUGUUAUAAUU